AUGAUGUCCAGCUUGUUCUGUACACUUUGCUUGGUUAAAAUGUAUGAGUUGCUUGAGAUUUUAACAUGUUGGGCUGUGGUAGUUGAGAGCAUCUCACAAGUUGCGGAGGAUACACUUCCUACUCCUUCUCUUGGGACGUCCAGCGUAGCUACCGACACUGCCCUGCGCCUUUCAGCAGCGCAGCCUCCUGCUCCUCCUUUCCUAAGCACAUCCGACACAACUACCGGCACCUCUCCACAGCUUCCAUUAGUGCUGCCUCCUACUCCUCAUUUCCUAGUCACAUCCGACACAGCUACCGGCACCUCUCCACAGCUUCCAUUAGUGCUGCCUCCUACUCCUCAUUUCCUAGUCACAUCCGACACAGCUACCGGCACCUCUCCACAGCUUCCAGCAGUGCUGCCUCCUACUUAUCCAGUGCCGCCUCGUGGUGAGAUUAUUGAUGAUAGCCAUAAGGACGGUGAUGCUUCCAUCUCCGUGGGGCAUUUAUCAGAGAAAAGCAUGUCUUGGCAAGAUCGGGAGAAUUCAUUCAUGGCGUUCAAAGCCUUCUUUGAUGGUGGUGCUAAGAUCCUCCGAUCUAUCGAUGAGUUGUUUCUGCUCUGUUACAGGUUCGAUGGUUCCGCACCCUUUCAAGGUGCCUUUGUGUAUCCAGAGACAGUCGCGGUUUUGAGGAAAUUAAUGGAUCAAUAUGGGAGUUUUAUGGAGGUCACCGGGAUCACCCCCUCUUUCUUGAGAAGUGCCGCCUUCCAAGCUCUUGGCUUGGUGCUUCAUGGGGUAGAUACCAUGGAGUUCCUUGAUAUCACCGAUCACAGACUACUUUGUUGGUGGGAUGCGAUAUGCGAGGCCAUAACUGUGGGAUUUCAUGUGGAUUUCCUCCUCAACCUUGUGAGGAACCUAUCACGUGCCGUAUUUGGAGCACGGGCCAUCCAUAGCAUGAAAUUAUCACAGGGUUCUGACGAGGUAAGAGCUGCUGCCGACACCUUGAACAUUAAGGGUAUUUCUGCUGACAAUGCUGAGUGUGUGACGGAGGCAGCAGCCAGAUCAUCUCCUAAGGCUUCCUCUGUUCUUUUUGGGCAUUUUUCAUAG